GAGCUGUCAUUUCAGGAUGUGGCAAUUGAUUUCUCUCCAGAGGAGUAUGAAUGCCUGGACCCUACUCAGUGGAAUUUGUAUAGAGAUGUGAUGUUAGAGAAUUACAGAAACUUUGUCUCCCUGGGACUCACUUUCACGAAGCCAUACCUGAUCACAUUUCUGGAGCAAAGAAAAGAGCCUUGGAAUGUAAAAAGACAACCAACAAUGGCUGUAUACCCAGGAACAAAACCCUAUAAAUGUAAAGACUGUAACAAGGCCUUUGUUCGGAACUCUCUCCUCAUUCAACACCAGAGAAUUCAUACCGGAGAAAAACCUUACAAAUGCAAAGAAUGUGAUAAAGCAUUUAACUGGUCUUCAAACCUUACCCAACACCAAAAAAUUCAUACUGGAGAGAAACCCUACAAAUGUGAAGAAUGUGGACAGGCUUUUAACUGUUCUUCACACCUGUAUAAUCAUCAGAGAAUUCACACUGGUGAGAAACCAUACAAAUGCAAAGAAUGUGGUAAAGCAUUUAAAUGGUCUUCAAGCCUUGCCCAACACCAAAGAAUUCAUACUGGAGAGAAACCCUACAAAUGUGAAGAAUGUGGACAGGCUUAUAACUCUUCUUCAAACCUGUAUAAUCAUCAGAGAGUUCAUACUGGUGAAAAGCUUUACAAAUGCAAAGAAUGUGGAAAGGCCUUUAACUGUUCUUCAUACCUCAAUUAUCAUCAGAUACUUCAUACUGGAGAUAAACCCCACAAAUGUGAAGAAUGUGGCAAAGCCUUUACCGUGUUCUCUUAUCUUAGUAAACACCAAAGAAUUCAUACUGGAGAAAAACCCUAUAAAUGCAAAGAAUGUGACAAAGCCUUUAAUCAUUGUCCAUCCCUAACUCAACAUCAAAGAAUUCACACUGGAGAGAAACCCUACAGAUGCAAAGAAUGUGGAAAAGCCUUUAACUCUUCUUCACACCUUAAUUAUCAUCAGAGAAUUCAUACUGGAGAGAAACCCUACAAGUGCGAAGAAUGUGGAAAAGCCUUUAGUAAUUUUUCAGCCCUUAUUCAACAUCAAAGAAUUCAUACUGGAGAGAAACCCUACAAAUGUGAAAAAUGUGGCAAAGCCUUUAAUAAUUGUUCAGCUCUUACUCAACACCGAAGAAUUCAUACUGGUGAGAAACCCUACAGAUGCACAGAAUGUGGCCAAGGCUUUAACUGUUCUUCAAACCUUAAACAACACCAAAGAGUUCAUACUGGAGAGAAAUUCUACAAAUAUGAAGAUUAUGGAAAAACCUUUAAUAAUUGUAAAGUCCUUACUCAACAGCAAGGAAUUCAUACAUACUGGAGAGAAACACUAUAAAUGCAAGAGGGUGACAAAGUGUUUAGCAGUUAUUCAACAGUUAUGAAACAUCAAAAAUUAACAUAAAAGAGAAACCCUACAAGUUCAAAUAAUGUAGCACAACCUUUCUUCUUCACACCAUGAUCAACAUCAGAGAUUUGUAUCAGUGAGAAACCAUGCAAGUAGAAAUGAUGUGGCAAAGAUUUAAUUGAAGCUUGUUCUUCAUUAACCAUUAGUGAAUUCAUAUUGGAUAAAAACUUUAUUCAUUUAGUGACUUUAGAAUGAACUUUGAUGAUAUCUAUGCCUCGGAAGAGCAGAGUAGUUAUACUGGAAAACAUUGUAUAAAU